AUGGUAUCACCCCCAGGCUCUUCAGAUUGGGUUGCUUACCCAGGCAACAAGGCAGAAAAUAAAGACCAAGGACAACCUCUAGAACAGAAGUCACUGUCAGAAAACAAAGACUCAAUAGAAGAUGCAAUCACUUCACAUGUGCUUAAGGUAAAGACAGGUCUUCAAUUGGGCCAAGUGAGACUCAGUGAUAGAUAUGUGCUGGAAGUGCAGCAAGUGCAGCAACUGAAUAAGGCUUCUGACUUCACUGUCACGGAUCGUGACAAGAACGUGACAACAAACACAAGUCAGGAAUCUACCGAGAUGAGUACUUCUACGAAAGACGAAAUGGUUCUUUGUUCUGAAGAAACCCAAAAACAAGCUCUUGAGAAGAAGAAGCUCCGCACAGAAGCCAUUGCUUUCAUCUGUGCUCAGACGCAGGCUCGCCUGGCCCGGUUUGGGGCAUUGUCUGAGGAGAUUUCAUUAUGCCGAACAAGUGAGCAAUAUCACUAUUACCCCAACGAUAGUAACAGCUUGUCUAUUCCUCACCAGGUCCCUACCGAGCUGAGCAUUACAUCUACCGUCACGAUGGAGCCAGUCCAGGCAUCUAAAAAGAAGAAAAAGAAGAAGAGCAAGAAGAAGCCUAAGAAGCGAGUGCCCCUUGAUAUUGGAAGCAUUGACUCCCUCAACAUGAGAGAGUUGAACCAGGCCAGUCUAAGUGCGCGUGUGCCAAGCGUGCAGUCCUCAAGUGAGGAGGCACCCUCAAGUGAUGGCCCGUCUUGUUUGACUCAAAGCCAGGAUCUGUCGGAGUCCAGCCCAUCCUUGUACUUACAGGAAUCUAACCUCAAGACUAAGCAUUUGAUCUCUGCUGACCUGGGGAAGGACUUCGCAGCCCCUUGUACGACUCAAUAUAAAAACAGAUUGCAAGUCGAAGGCAAGGAUACGACUGAAUGCCACGAGGGUUGCUCGAUGGAGCGUGUAUUGAGUACUGGUCCUCGUGAGCAGACCUACCGGGAUGCACUUCUGGGUACAAUGGAUCACAGAGAUAAAAGGCGAGUCUCAGGUACAGAUCCGACCACAAAAGAUGACAUAGCAGAACACAACGCUGCGCUCCAUGCACAUCCAACCCCGCUUGCAAUCGAAGAGUGGCCCAGUAUCACUGGACAGACGCCAGCUGGUAGAGAUACACGUGAUACAAGCCCAAAGGCUGCUUCUUCGAUCGAUUCAGUCCAAGACGAGGAGGUAUCAAACACCGGAUCUUCCACGCGUGCGCAGCCAUCGCGCCUUGGUCACUCUACACGCAAGAAUAAGGCUUCUUCAAGGGAAAGACUGUCUCCUAUACAAGAAGCGACAAGUGAGACGGCCCAGGGUUAUCCACAUGUAAAACCGCCUUCUCCUCAUGCUGAGCGAGGUAGCAUAUCUAGCGAGGUUCAGAGUCACCUUACAUGUACACCGAAGUCCUCAAAAUCUACCUCCACAGGUUGGACUAGCGCCGAACCUCAGGGCACGCCACAGACCGAAUCCUCGGAGAUUGACAAUACAGAAACCAACGACCACCAGAAGAUUUCCACCGAGAUCAGAACUGUUGUGAUUUCCCAAACGAAGGGCAGCCAUGCACAUCCCUCAUCAUCUCUGAGCCUUGAGAGACCAGGCCAAUGUGCCACAGCUGCACAAAAGUACAUAUCGACCCAAAAACCAGAAGGGUUUUUCUGGCAGCUCGAUAGCCACGGAUUCCCUUGCGCGAAGGCAGAAUGUGAGAAGCGCUGUAAUUUAUGGGAUGGCGCAACUGUCAUCUGCCCCCGAUGCGGACCAUUCUCAGAAAUUCGUUACUGUUGCAAAGAGCACCUACUGGAAGACAUCAAGUACCAUUGGCUGUACUGCGGACAGAUGACCUUUGAGCAUCCUUGCCGAGAGAAUUCGAUCCCCCGGGAUGUGAGAGACGGACCACUUCUGGUUCCUUGUCUUCACCCUUAUGAUACACCCGAACGUCAUCGCCAGGCCGUUUAUUUCAAUGCAAAGGUUCGUGAGGGGGACUAUUUCAUCUUCUCGGACUGGACCGAUCUGGUGAAAGCCGGCUUCCCCGAGAACAACGUUGAGGUGCGGUGUUCAAGUCGUGUCGUCUAUACCAUUAGGUUCGAAGACGCAAGUGAGAAAGACCGGUUUCGUCGUGUUCUAGCGACAUGUCUCUUCAUGACCAUCGAAGUUACCGAACUUGUGGAUUAUCUAUUCCGGCUAAUUCGAGACAAACUCCGAUCACUGGCUGCUCCCAUAGAGCUUGAAGCCACGCUCAAGUAUCAAUUCCAACAAGAAUUCUGCGUGACCAUACAGCCACAUAUCACCGGAGAGAGACAUGCCUGUGUGACCGACUGGGAUGGAAGAAACCGUCGUAAUUGUCAGGAUGCUAUCUGCCGAGCUGAAUACCGUCGUUUGCUUGGAUCCCUUGGGGGAAAGGGUCAUUGUCAACUCAUUGAUCACUUGGAAGGCAGCUACUGGAUUCUUCGAGCGGUGAGAACCACUCAUCCUGGCGUCAGUGACGCCAAAGCGCGUAUGUGUGGAGACGGUUUCAGCGACGUCGCGGAUGAAGAUAGAAGAGAGUUCCGCCGGGGUGCAGGAUGGGAUGGCGCAGGGACUGGAGACAUGGAGAUUGAGGGAAUCAAUGAUGAUUGA